UUGAUCAUAUUUUUUUUAGUGUUUGUUUUUUUGAUGUUUCUUAAAUGGCAGAGCAAAUAUUGUCGAUUAAUAAACUCACCAUUCUUCUUUUUAUUUUUCUAUUUUCUAUUUUUCAAAUCGGCCUGUAUUGUAUUUACUGAUUCCACACAAUGAGCACGACAGCUUUUCAGGGGUUUACAACACCGCGGCGGCGCCCAAUGACACCCGGGCGGCGUGACCACGUUCUGCCCUCCUUCAACAGCCCAGCAUCGAUCAAAGUCGGGCGACUAUUGGAAACAGCCUACAGCGGACUCUCGAGCGGAGCCAUGUCUCUAGAAGACGAGCUCCCCGGCCACAUAGUCGAUGGUCUCUCAGCAAACGCCGUAGCAUCGACGAGCGAAGAAUACGAGGCCCCCCGUGUGUGGUUCCAGAAGGACGAGGACCGGCGUCAGAACCAGGAGUUCACUCGGCGCGUUGACGAAAUGGUACAGGAGCUAAAGAGGCUUAUUCGCGAGCGCGCCAAAGAUUACGCGCACCAGAUUGAUGAGGGGAAGGAGAGGGAGAGGAGGAUGGUCGGGGAUAUGGAGGCGCUAGAAGCGGAGAAUAAGGAAAUAGUGCGCGCAUUAAAGGAUGAGCACGGCGAGGAGGAGGCAUUGUGCAGGGAGAUUAGUGCGCUGCAGGUUAAGCAAAGAGAGGUGCUGGAGGGGGCUAACCAGAUGUCGGGGAUGGUGGCUAGGCUCGAGAUGGAGAUAGCGAGGAAGCAGAAGGCGGCUGAUGAGAAGAAGAGGGUGUUGGAGGCGCAGGCUGCGAAGAAUCAGCCGGAGCUGGACUUUUUUGAAAAAAAAUGGGCCUGGCUAUUGUCGCUGGUGAGUCUAAGGACUCGCUGACCUUUGUGUUCACAUUAAUAUCCCUUUCGGAGCCGCUGCGUCCGUUUUCGAUCACCGUUGACUUGUCGCAGAGCGACUACCGGGUAGUCGCGUGCAAGCCGGAGAUUAAGGAUGUGGAGAGCCACGUCGAGUGGCUCAACAUGUCCAGAGACAUCUUCGGGUUCAUCAAGCGUAUCCGCAAGGACUUUGUAGAUAUGUACUUUGAAUCAGCCU